CAUCGUGCGAAAUGACUAGCAAAGCGGAGAAUCAGCCACCGACGCUUUCGUGCGCCAAAACCAACAGUGAGCAAAGCGGUACCGUGCCGCUAAAGUGUAUCUAUGUACCUCAAAAGUUGGAAGUGUACGAGUACGAGACGGCCAUAUUUCAGUGUAUUAUUGAAGGUUAUCCUACGCCGGUUAUAUCCUGGCAGCGCAAUGGUAACACGCUAGCACCCUCACGUACCGUCACGAUCCAGAGCAAGGGUUCACUGUGUACGAUGAAGAUACAGAACAUCCACGCAAAGGAUGCGGGCCAAUAUCAGCUUGUAAUCGAGAACGAAAGUGGCCGGGUAGAGCGUACCAUCGAGCUGCUAGUGCUUGAGAAAACUCGCAUCAUUAAUCGGGUGAAGCGCAACAGUCAGGCCGCAAGCUGUAGUAUUCGCAUCUAUCGCCACAUCAACGACUAUUCGCCCCUCGUCGGAGAGUACAUUAUACUGAACGCGGAAUACUACGCACCGUCCACACCAAUCAUCCGCUGCUUUCACAAUGGACGGGAGCUAGAAGAAGGACGAAUAUUUCAUCGAAGCGUAAGUCAGAGGAACCUUUCCCUGGUGUUGGAAAAGGCCAGGGCGAGCGAUUCAGGCACGUACACAUGCGUUCUGGAAACGAUGGACGGCAGCAUGAAGGUGAUGUCCGCGGAAAUCGAUGUACAGGAUCCAAAGUGGUCCGGCCCGAUAAACAAACUGCCACGAAUUGUGCACGACUUGCCGAAGGUGAUCACCAUUACCGAAGGAUCGGAAGUUGAGCUAAGUCUGGAGCUCCAGUGUUCCGAGGUGGUGAAAUGUUCGUGGAAGAAAAAUGGACGCAUUGUGAAGGAUUCGAUGGAUUUCGCAUACAUCGACCAUGGUAAUGGGAAGUUUGGAUUACGGCUGAAGGACCCUUUCCUGGACGAUGCGGGACUGUACGAGUGUGUACUCGAAACGGCUACGCAGCAACUCGUCUCGAGCUGCUAUCUGGACGUACUCGAGCUAGACCAGCAACAGCCACUGAUGGAUUGUGAUCCCCGGUUGACGGUUCGCUUCGUACGUUUCCCACUCGCACAGAUUGCACUUGAGGGCGAUAAUGUGGAGUUUUAUGCGUGUGUACAUCCACCGGACAUACGGCUACGGUGGUUCGUCCGGGGCAUAGAAAUUACGAGCCUUACCAAAGGGUUUUCGAUGGAAUCGCACGAUGACGGUGGAAACAUUUUGCGAAUAUUCAACAGUACGUACCGGCAAAGCGGCGAAGUGAAGUGUUGUAUCCCAUCGACGUACACCGUUUCACUUGGACAGAUGUGUGCGUACGCUGAUCUGUGCGUUCUGCCCAAAGCUUACGUCGAUACGCUGGAGCAGAAAGAUAUAAAACGGUUUAGUGUGGGUCAGAAGCUACGAUUUCUUCAUUGCCUUCAGGAUGAGGUGGUACUGCAGGGUGAUCAUGUGGUUAUUGAAGCCUGCUACCAGGGUCACCCCCCAUCCGAUUUGCGCUGGAAACGUUCGGGCCGAACCAUCGUCGAUAGCAAUGUGACUACGACUAAUCUACCGGGACGCACCCGUCUCCUAUUAACAAAUAUAGAAUCGGCUCAAGGAGGCAAAUAUAGCAUUCAGCUUGACAAAGCCUGCCCAGACACAGAGCUGUCCAUGUGUUUGCGCGUUGAGUCACCACCGGAACCACCGGCCGGUAAACCAACGGCGACCAUUGUCAGCCAAACCGCGCUGUCCGUAUCUUGGAAUCCUGCUCCAUACGAUGGAGGAAGUGCCAUAACUGGAUUUGUGAUCGAAAUGGAACAGAAUGGUGAAGGUGAAGAGCGUUGGGUUUGCGCCAAGCGUGUGCCAAACUCGUUCUCAUGUUUACUCGACACUUUGCAGCAGGACGAUUCCUAUCGAUUUCGAAUACGGGCGGAAAAUGUACACGGAAUGAGCCAUCCAACACCUGCGAGCGAUCUGGUAAAACUAAGCACUGGUAACACUAACGGAAUAUCGGAACUGGGAGUGAACAAUCCGGUGACCAGUCCCAUUUCCAGUGGGGCAAGCAUCUGCAGCAAUGUUGAUAAUGGUUACCUCAGUUACGGUGAUGACCAGGGAGCGUUGGAAAGCAAUCAGCAUCAACAUUUGGUUCCAUCUACUGUAAAGUUUUCUACCGGCGGAGACUUUACUGAACAGUUUGAGGUACUGAGGGAGGUCGGCAAGGGACGGUUCGGGGUAGUUUACAAGGUGAUUGCUCGCCAUGGUGAAGCGGGUACUGUGCUGGCGGCCAAAAAGGUGAAAUGCAUUCGUAUAAAGGACAAGGAACGGGUCUGGCAAGAGACGGCCAUUAUGGAAAGCUUGGAGCAUCCCAAACUACUCCGACUGUUCGCCACAUUCGAGCUGCCGAAGGAGAUUAUAAUGGUGGUAGAAUACAUUUCAGGCGGUGAAUUGUUUGAACGUGUAGUUGCGGACGAUUUUACGCUCACCGAGAAGGAUUGUAUUAUAUUCGUGCGUCAGAUCUGCCAGGGCGUGGAGCACAUGCACAGCCGCCAGAUAGUGCAUCUCGAUCUGAAGCCAGAAAACAUUAUGUGCGCCACUAAAACAAGUCAUGAGAUAAAAAUUAUCGACUUCGGUUUGGCACAGCGACUGUGUGCCUCCAGCCCGACGAGAGUACUCUUCGGGACGCCCGAAUUCAUCGCACCGGAAAUCAUCAACUACGAACCGAUCAGCGUACAGUCAGACAUGUGGAGUAUCGGUGUCAUUUGCUAUGUGCUGCUUUCCGGUCUAUCACCAUUUAUGGGCGACAACGAUGUGGACACGUUCAGCAAUAUCACACGCGCCGAGUACGACUUUGACGAUGAAGCGUUCGACUUGGUAUCGGACGGAGCGAAAGAGUUUAUCGCGGGACUACUCCGUGGUCGCCAAGAAGAACGGCUAAGCGCUCAAAAGUGUCUGCAGUCUGAGUGGUUAUCGUUCAAGAGCGGCGAUAAUGUUGGCAUUAAUCAGAUCCGAACGGAUAAGUUGAAAAAAUUCAUCAUCCGUAGAAAAUGGCAGAAAACAGGCAAUGCCAUAAGGGCCCUCGGAAGAAUGGCAAAUUUAUCCGCUUCACGUCGAGUAUCGGUGGUGCCUCGUGAAACAAAACCUGAGUGUAAGUAG